GGCGUGCGACCUGCGGCGUCAUGACGUCACGCACCAGUCAAUUUGAAGCGUCGCUGCUGUCUCCUGAAGAAAACCCGUUUGUAACUUUAUUUAACCCAGCGGCUGCCCUCUGAUGCACCGGAACAGCACACCGGAGGCUCCUGCUGAUGCUUAACGAUGGCCACGCCGAGCAAGACCCCACCGGGCGCUGACCCCAAGCAGCUGGAGCGGACCGGGACGGUGCGAGAGAUCGGGUCCCAGGCGGUGUGGUCCCUGUCCUCCUGUAAACCUGGGUUCGGAGUGGACCAGCUGAGAGACGACAACCUGGAGACGUACUGGCAGUCCGACGGGUCUCAGCCUCACCUGGUCAACAUCCAGUUCAGGAGGAGGACGACGGUGAAGAUGCUCUGCAUCUACGCUGAUUACAAGUCAGAUGAGAGCUACACGCCCAGUAAGAUCUCGGUCCGGGUCGGAAACAACUUCCACAAUCUUCAGGAGGUCCGGCAGCUGGAGAUGGUGGAGCCCAGCGGAUGGAUCCACAUCUCACUCAUGAACCAGCGGACGAACGAGCCCAUCAGCACCUUCAUGAUCCAGAUCGCGGUUCUGGCCAACCACCAGAACGGCAGGGACACGCACAUGCGGCAGAUCAAGGUCUACACGCCGGUGGAGGAGAGCUCCAUCGGGAAGUUCCCGCGCUGCACCACCGUGGACUUCAUGAUGUACCGCACCAUCAGGUGAUCGGGACGAGGAGGAGGAUCAGUUUUAACGGGACAUUCACUCCUGGCAGGUUUUUUAUGUUUAAAGAAGAAUAAAUAAAGUCUUAGCAACAUGUUUCCUCAAAGACUGGGGGAAAUCAAAGUUUCUGCUCUGAUUUUCUUCUCACUGUGGUUUUGUUAAAUGAUGUUGAAUUAAAUGUUUUGAGACCACA